GCCGAGAGAGCCCGUACGUCACUGCUCUGCGCCGGAAGACUCUUUUCGUGUUCUCUUCCCUCAACACUCUUCCCUGGCAUCAUAGAUCCCGGGAUGAGCCGGAAGAGGCAUCGGCUGGUCCCGGAGACCUUUGGGUUGAAGAGGCGGCGGGAACGAGGGCCUGUGGAGGAGCAUCCUUUGAGGGGCGAGUCAGGGUCGGCGCGCGCGGCCGUCGCGGAGCUAGUGCAGCUGUUCCCGCGAGGCCUGUUCGAGGAUGCGCUGCCGCCCAUCGCGCUGAGGAGCCAGGUGUACAGCCUCGUGCCAGACCGGACGGUGGCUGACCGGCAGCUGGUGAGGGGCGUCAGAGCGACCAAGACCGACGGAAGACGCUUCCCUGCCUCGCGGGCACUCCCGAGGUCCCCCAUCGCUCAGACGCUCAGUCGACAGAAGGAGCUUCAAGAGCAGGGGGAGAUCAGAAUCAUCCAGCUAGGCUUUGACUUGGACGCCCAUGGAAUUAUCUUCACUGAGGACUAUAGGACCAGAGUCCUCAAGGCCUGCGAUGGCCGAUCGUAUGCUGCGGCAGUGCAGAAGUUUCUAGCUUCAGUGCUUCCAGCCUGUGGGGACCUUAGCUUCCAGCAAGACCAAAUGACACAGACCUUUGGCUUCAGGGACCCAGAGAUCACGCAGCUGGUGAACGCCGGGGUCCUCACCGUCCGAGAUGCUGGGAGUUGGUGGCUAGCUGUGCCCGGAGCUGGGAGAUUCAUCAAGUAUUUUGUUAAAGGGCGCCAGGCUGUCCUUGGCAUGGUCCGGAAGGCCAAGUACCGGGAACUACUCCUUUCGGAGCUCUUGGGCCGGCGGGCACCUGCCGCGGUGCGACUUGGCCUCGCCUAUCAUGUGCAUGACCUCAUUGGGGCCCAGCUGGUGGACUGUGUCUCCACCACUUCUGGAACCCUUCUCCGCCUGCCGGAGACGUGAGGAUUCUGCUCGUGCUUGCACAUCUUCCCAGAGUGGAGCAAGGGGGGCCCAGGAGUGCUGCCCAGCAGUGGCUGAGACAGGGUCACCUUGGGAAGACUUGGAAUCCAGGAUGAGUGUUGGGCUUGCAUCCACGCAAAGGGUCAGAAAUGACUGCUGCUGUUUACCUGGGCUCCGACCCAGUGGUGGGGUUUGGGCAAUGCUUCUCUGCCCUUCCAUGGAGGUGGAGCCAGAAUCUGUGCCAAGGCCAUGGCUGCUGCCUUUCAUGUAAACGGGUGCUGCUGUUACUUUGUCUGGAGAUACAAAGGUGGGGUUUAUGGGGAGGCUGGUGAAGGAGGGCAGGGUUCUCUUCCCUACAUGUUGGGUUGAAACUGCCAAAUAAAGUACUUCUGUCACUGAUA